AUGGAUGUAAAGGGAGCAUUUUUAAACGGAAAACUUAUUGAGAAGAUAUACAUAGAGCAACCUGAAGGCUUCAAGAAUGAACGUACUACAAAAAUUUGGCAUGAGCAACUGAAAAGUGUUUCGACACCAAUGGAAACUGGACUCAAAUUAAAAAAGGGUAAUCAAGACGAAUCGAAAGCGUUAACCACGAGACCAGAUUUAAGCGCUGGAACUAAUUACUUCAGUCAGUAUCAGAAUUGUUACACAAAUGAGCAUUUCACACAUGCAAAACGGAUUUUACGUUAUAUUUCUGGUACUAUCAAUACAAAAAUGACUUUUUGCAAGGGCAAUUCAAAUAACAUUCUGACUGGAUUUACUGAUGCAGACUGGGCGAACGACAUGGAAGAACGGAAAUCUAUCACUGGAUAUAUCUUCGAAGUAUAUGGCAACACAGUGAAUUGGGCUUCGCGUAAGCAGUCAACAAUCAGUUUUUCAUUAACAGAAUCGGAAUAUGCAGCUCUAGAAGAAGGAAUCUGCGAGGCGAAGUGGAUUCGAGGUCUACUCAAAGAGAUUGGACACAUAUGUAAAUCAUCAACUACGAUUUAUAUCGAUAAUCAGUUGACAUUCAAAGUGGAUGAGCACCCCGUGCUCAUCGAAGAAUGA